GAGAGCUGAGAGCAUACACAGAUAUGAGAGGGCAUAGGGAAGAGAGAGCAGAAGGCAGAUAGAGCAUGCUUUUAGUUCAACAGGAGGGACAAACAGAGAGAGGGUCAUUCCCACAGAGGGUUAUAUGAAACAUUUGGACUUAAUGGACUCAUCGGCAGCAUGGAGGGACACUGAGAGCCUUGUGUGAGGUGUUUUUGUUGAGGACUGCCAAACAAGGAGUGAAGAUACAACGAGGAGGUCAUUGUGGUUCCUUCGUCAAACUUGCUCUUACAAAAGCAGACCAGAGACGUCUUUCUCCACACACAAGCCCUUUGAGGGAAUCUCUGUCAUCAACACUCUGCCCAAUAUAAUGAUCUUAAGUGACUCUCUUAGUCCAUAAGGAAAAAUAUAUUAACUGAACACUUUGUCCAAUGUGUAACUGCAAAAGAGAUCCAGCUUUGGAUGUAUUUCCAUUCCCAUCACAGACAUAAGCAACUUUUUGAACUUUUCACAACCUUUUCUCUAACGACACUCCCUGAUGAUCACAAGGGAAUAUGUCAUCAUAUUUCUGCUGGGAUCGUCCCUUCUAUUGGACUACAGUUCCCAAACCCCCCUGCAGACUUCAAUACAGAACCGAACUAACAGGGACACAGUGAUAUCACCAAGGAGAGAGAAAGGAAGUCACAGUGUCAGGCUUCCUUUGUGGGCAGUGACAUCAUUAGAGGGAAGGAUGAGGCUAAGAAGACAUGGAAGGUCAAGGGUCCAACGUAUUAGAAGAGGCUGGGUGUGGAACCAGUUCUUUGUCCUGGAGGAGUACAUGGGAUCUGAGCCACAAUAUGUUGGAAAGCUUCACUCAGACAUGGACCAUGGAGACAAUGCAGUGAAGUACACUCUGUCAGGAGAAGGAGCUGGGUCCAUCUUCACCAUUGAUCCCAUUACAGGAGACAUACAUGCAUUGGUGGGACUUGACAGGGAGGAAAAGUCCUUCUACAUAAUGAAGGCCCAAGCAGUGGACAUUCACACCAGUGUCCCUUUGGAGCCAGAGUCUGAGUUCAUCAUCAAGGUGCAAGACAUCAAUGACAAUGAGCCAAGGUUCCUUGAUGGUCCCUACAGUGCCAGCGUCCCUGAGAUGUCCCCAACAGGAACCUAUGUGACACAGGUGACUGCCACAGAUGCCGAUGACCCCACAUACGGCAACAGCGCUCGAAUCGUCUACAGCAUCCUUCACGGCCAGCCCUACUUCUCUGUGGAUCCCAAGACAGGAGUGAUCCGAACAGCUUUGGCCAACAUGGACCGCGAGGUAAAAGAGGAAUACCAGGUUCUUCUCCAGGCCAAGGACAUGGGAGGUCAGCUGGGCGGGCUGGCGUCCACUACCACUGUUAACAUAACCCUCAGUGAUGUUAAUGACAACCCGCCACGCUUUGUGAAGAGUGUUUUCCAUCUCCGGGUGCCAGAAUCGGCAUCAGUGGGUUCAUCUGUGGGUCGGAUUCGAGCCCAUGAUAUGGAUGCUGGCAGUAAUGCACUGGUGGAAUAUGCUAUUGUCCCAGGAGAUGAGGGAAACAUGUUUGACAUUGUCUCGAACGACCAAAGUCAAGAGGGAAUCGUUGUCUUGAAAAAGACUCUUGACUAUGAGACCAAAAAGUCCUACACUUUCAAGGUGGAGGCUUCCAACACACAGUUGGACCCUCGUUUCCUCCACCUGGGGCCCUUCAAGGAUUCAGUGACAGUCAAAGUGAAUGUUCUGGAUGUGGAUGAGCCUCCUGUCUUCACCAAGCCCUCUUACACGGUAGAAGUGUACGAGGACACUCCUCCGGGAACCAUCAUUAGCUCGCUGACGGCUCAUGACCUGGAUGCCAGCAGCAGCGCUGUCAGGUAUUCAUUGGAAUGGCAGACAGAGUCUGACAGCUGUUUUGACAUUGACACCGUUGAGGGAACCAUUUCCACUAAUGAAUACCUGGACAGAGAGACAACUGUUCAGCACAAAAUCACCGUGCUGGCAACCAAACUUAACAACCCUCUGCUGUUCACCAAAGCGUCAGUGACAGUUAACGUCUUGGAUGUGAAUGAGUUCCCUCCUGAGCUGGCUGUUCCGUCAGAUACAUUCGUUUGUGAAAACUCCAGAGUUGGGCAGGUGAUCCAGAUGGUCAGUGCUGUGGACCAGGACCUUCCCCCCAUUGGUCAGAGGUUCUUCUUCAAGUCCCCCAAAGAGCUCCGCAACAGAAACUUCACUGUUCGAGAUUUUGGAAACAACACCGCUGCCAUUGUGACGCGACGCUCAGGCUUCCAGCAGCGACUGCAGGAUGUCUACAUUCUUCCGGUCGUGGUUGAAGACAGCGGUUACCCUGCCCAGAGCAGCACAGCCACCCUCACCAUCCGAGUGUGUUCCUGCGAGGCCGGGGGCUCGCUGCUGACCUGCUCUGCAGAGGCCAUAUUUCUGCCUGUGGGCCUCAGCACUGGAGCUUUGAUGGCUAUUCUUCUGUGUGUAGCUUUGCUGAUCGUCAUGUCAGCAUUAUACAUGGGUCAGAGGCAUCACAAAGAGAAAGAGACUCUGAUGACAUCAAAAGAGGACAUCCGUGAUAACGUCAUUCACUACGAUGAUGAGGGCGGUGGUGAAGCUGACACUCAUGCAUUCGACAUGGGCACUCUGCGCAACACACACUCCCAGCGGACCAGUUCUCAGAGCAGCAUGUCCAAAAAGGACAAAAAUGGCUACGGCGAUGGGGUCCUGCUGCAUCUCAGCAAUCGUUGUGACGGCAUUCGGUCGCCUGACAUCCAUCGGCAAACAGCUAGUGUCAUCACCACUGUGAACAACAACAAUUCACUUUCUGCCCAUGGGAGAGUGACUGAAGGUGAUGCUGAAAUGAUCAGGGAGUUCAUCGAACAGCGACUGGAGGAGAGCCAACAGGGUUACAGGGCCCCACCCUACGACUCUUUGGCGACUUACGCUUAUGAGGGUGAAGGCUCAGUGGCUGGCUCCCUCAGCUCUAUAGAAGAGUCGUUUGUAAUCGAUGACUCAGGGGAUUUUAGCUCCCUUGGUGACUGGGGACACCCGUUCAAAACACUGGCUACCAUCCUUGACAAACAGCCGCCUGCUCUGCCUGAGGAGAGCUAAGAGGAAGUUGGACUGUAGGCACCCAUGUUGGGAUCACUUUUCUAGAAUAUUUUUUUUUUACUCUGACAGGCACUCAUUAGAAUAAUAUGAGGACCCUUUAGAAAGUUGCUUGUGUGUGGUAGAGGUGUGGAGUGGUCAACUAGAAAGCCAGAAAUCUUGCUACAGGUGCGUGAAAAGUAAACUUGAUAGCUCCUCAAAGUGCCUGAGGUACUACUAAAUGUUUACAUGUAUUAUAAUUCAUGUUAAUUAAUAAAAUCUCUUCAACAGA